GACUUCAGAUCAAACUCUAAAUUUUGGUUGUAACAAAAAUUUAUCUUGUUUUUAAAUUUUCACCGCCGGUUUACCAUAAACGUUAGCAAUGGCUUUGGAUAAGCAGAAGAUAUUGAGUGAUUUAGGGAAUGUUGUGAAUCAACUGCAAAGUGCAGAUUGUGGUUGCAUGGGCAAAUUAUUCAACCAAGGUCAAGGGCAAGGGCAUAGACAAUGCAUGCCAUCUCAAGGCUACGGAGGCUGCUGCUGCCGCCGUGGCUACGGGCAUCCAUGCUGCGGGGAACCCUACACCAUGGGCGAAGGUAUGCCGGCUCAUGGCAGGCCGUGCAUGAGCUAUUGCAACGCCCCGAAACUUUACGCCGAUGGCUAUAAUUUUUUGAAUCAAAGUGUAAUGCAGCCCGUCAUCAAGGAGGUGUAUGAUGACCUUAAAAGUCUGAAUUCGGGCAAUACCGUCACAAAUAAUCCCCUAGGAACUCAGAUGGGCCUGCCGCCGGGUGUCCCAUCGCUUCCUGCCGAUGGUAAUAUGGCAAGCCCACAGAUGGCAAAUAUGAACGCAAAUUCCGGAGGUCAAAAUAUGGCCCAUGGUCACCCGAUGAUGCAGCAUAUGCAAGAUUACCAAAUGUCUGGUGGUCAUCAAAUGGCAGGUGGUCAUCAAAUGGCAGGUGCUCAUCAAAUGGCAGGGGGCCAUCAAAUGGCAGGAGGCCAACAAAUGGUCAGUGACCAGCAAAUGUCCGGUGGCCAGCCAAUGCCCGGAAAUGCCCAGGGCUUGGCAAAUUUCAAUAAAAUGUUCCCUGGAAUAACGCAAGGUGAAGGAGGCGGUCUGGGCUUUAAUCCAAUGGAAAUAGCCAUGCAGAUGAAUCCGGCACUAGCCAAGCAACAGCCCGGUAUGAACGCGCAGAGUCCUAUGCCAGGCACAGGUGGUGAAAUGAAUCAGUCAGCGAGUGUGAUGCAACCUGGAAUGAACGCUACAAACUUUGCUCAGGGCCAGGCAGCGCAAGGCUAUCAAGCUCAAUCAAAUCUUCCCAAUCAAGCAAUGUCAAACCAACAAUAUCCGAAUUUAGCAGCCGGCGCUCAACAGCCACAGCAAGUUUACGCCGCACAGAAUCAGCUACCUCCAAACUUCCCACCCCAGGGUAUGAAUCAAAACGCACACAUGGGAAGAAUGAAUGCAAAUCAAGGAGGCCAACGAGGUAGCUACGGUCAGCAUACACAAGGCAUCACCAAGUUUAAAGAAAUGUUUCCCGGCGUUAUGGAUGGCGAUGUCAACUUUGACCCCAUGGAGAUUGCUAUUCAAAUGAAUCCAGCUAAUAAACAAGCGGCUGCUAUGAGUUCCAUGCAAAAACUUAUGUCUGCCAAGCCUCUUGAGCCUAAUUCGGCUGUUAUGAAGCCAGUCAUGGCUGGUAUGAAUGCAGUUAAUGCUAACUUAGCUCCAAACCAGGCAGCGCCAGGCACUCCGGCGCAGCUCCAACCAGACCAAGCAACAGGUCAAGUACCACCAGAACAACAACAGUACAGUGGACAACACGUAACCCAGCAACAGUAUACUACAGAUCAAGUACCACCUAAUCAACAGCAAUACUCUACUAAUCAAGUACCACCGAACCAACAGUAUGCUGAUAAUCCAGCCUCUAUCAAUCAACCAAACCAGCUGCAACCGCCGCAACAGGUAUACACCGCCCAUACAGACAAUCAAGGUUACCAGCAAGUGCCACAGCAAGAUACUCAGAAUUACCAAGGAAUAGAAACGCCAGAACCAAUGUCUCAAGGAUAUCCUAACCAGGCACCUGGAGGCAGAGUAUAUGAAAGGGAACCGAUACUUCCUGCAGAUAAUUCGAGAUAUAACACAUUAGGGCAGCCAGUACAACUGUUACCGACGAAGAACUACCGCAUGCCUGAAACUAAUUUACCGCAAACCUUGUCUCCUCAAAAAGUUUCUUCAAAAUUAAGAAUGAAUAAUAACGUGAAAUCGACCAUUAGUAAAACUUCACUCUAUGCAAGGCAAGCAGGACAAAGAACUCCAAGCAGGGCUCAGUUGCAGCAAGUAUACAACCAGUAUAAGGGAUCCCAGUCUUACACUAAUCAGAACAUUCCGAACAGGGAUCCUAGAGGACAGACGACCUCGGAUGGCCGGUUGACAGGCGUCACAGGCGCGCCGCCAGUGGAGAGGAGUCAGAUCCCCGUAGAGAGAGUCGGAGGAGACACGAUUGCGAACAAUCAAGCUUACAACGAGACUGUAAAAGGUCAUGUCGUUGGUCAAGUUGGAGACGUUUCUAAUAAGCCUGCUCCAGGUUCAAGCAAUGUUGACUUGGUACCGACGAAGAGCGGCAAAUUGAGGAACGGGCUCCAAGACAUGGUGUUCACUUCAUACCCUCAUUCUACUGCUUGGUCGUUCCACGGACGCAGCGACCAGCUUCCUGCGCAGAGAUAACCUCUGAGAGCUUAGGUCCCCAUCCUAGAGGGCCUACCGACCGCUAACCACUUAGUUUGUUCUAUCGUCUAUUUGCCUUUCUCACUCGAUAUGUAAGAGUAAUAGAGAGGCAAAAUUAGCGAAGUUCCGAUUUUUGCGGCAGGCGCUCAGACUUAAUGUGCUAGUGCGCGUCGAUUGUGAAAGUUAUUGUUGAUGUUAAAUGGUGAACUGGUGGCCAAUUCUGGUAUAUUUAUUUUGUGAAUUUUGUGGACUGAAAAUAUCAAAAAAAACGCAUUGUCUAAAUAAUAAUUUAAAAUCUCAUAAAUAAAGUAAUCGUCGUCGUA